ACAAAAGCUCUGCUGAUGACGUGUACACACUGCUUCGUCGUUAGCUGGCUAGCUUAGCCACCUGUCAGAGUACAGGGGAUAAAAUAAAAAGAAUAGGAAUACAACAAGGGACACAAGGCGUUUCAGCGAAUCCAUAAAGAUGGAGACGCUUUACCACCAGACCAACAAGCAAAUCCAGGAGGUGCAGUCUCAAAUGGGAAACCUGGAAAGGACUGACCGCGAAUCAGUUCACUUGUUAGAGAAUGAACUACAGGCUAGAAUCGACCAGAUCUUCACUCAUCUGGAACGCCUCGAGAUCCUGGCCAGUAAAGAACCACCAAACCGCCGCCAGAACGCCAAACUACGAGUGGAUCAGCUGAAGUACGAUGUUCAGCACCUGCGGACCGCUCUCCAAAACUUCCAGCACAGACGCUACACCAGAGAAGCCCAGGACAGAGAGAGGGAGGAACUCCUGAGCCGCACCUUCACCACAAAUGAUGCGGACACCUCCAUCCACAUAGAUGAGACCAUACAGUUAAACACGAACCUGCACAAUGCACACCGAGGCAUGGACGACCUCCUGGGCAGCGGCAGCAGCAUCCUCAAUGGCCUCAGAGAUCAAAGGUCAACCCUCAAGGGGACGCACAAGAAGAUGCUGGAUGUAGCCAACAUGUUGGGCCUCUCUAACACAGUCAUGAGACUAAUAGAAAGACGAGCCACCCAGGAUAAGUUCAUCAUGAUUGGAGGCAUGUUGUUGACCUGCGUCUUCAUGUUCCUCGUCAUCAGAUACCUGGGCUGAACGCGCCUAGGUAGUCAAUCAGAUGUGGACAUUUCAGGAAAACAUCAAUCCCACAGGAUAUGAAAUUUAAAGUGAUUUUAAUAAAAUGUGCCAUUGUUUUGUUUACUUUCAAUAAACUCACUUUACUUUGGAUACACGUUAAACGGUUAGGCUGAAGAAGUUCUUAUCCCGACAGUAUUUUAUAGUGUGGCACUUUUCUGUUGAUCAGUUGGACUCUUCUUCAAACUGCUCCUGUUGUUUUUUUCUUUCAUAUUCCCAAAAUGUCCAUCAAUGUAUGAUUGAAAACAAGUCUGAAUGUGUAAAAACAUUUAUUUCAUUCUGUGAAUGUUUUACUACCAGUAAUCUGACAUCCACAGAUUCUUUUGAUUUCCCUGCCCAGCACAGCAGUACUAUUAAAAUGUGUUGAAAAUUACACCCGAGGGCAACUACAAUGCUCAGCAGUUUGCUUAAACCAUGAGUUACAAUACCCGACAAUAGGAAAUCACCACUUAAUGAGGAUGUCUAUUCAUCUCAAGUUUAGAAAUUAUGUAUUACUGAUGUACUAUUAAAGCUUUGUUAAAUGUC